AUGCGGCCGACUGCUCUAGUGCUGGUGGCGCUGGCGGCGGCGCUGGCGGCGGCGGCGGCGGCGGGAGGGCGUGGCGGCGAGGGCCGACGGCCGGAGGCGCGCGUGCGGCAGGGGCGGCUGCGCGGCGAGUGGCUGGAGACGGCGCGGCGCCGCGCGACGGCCUGGGGCGCCGAGUGCACGCAGCUGGAGAACGGCCGGCCCAAGGGCGCCGAGGACUGCCUCUUCCUGAACGUGUUCGUGCCGCCCGGCGCGGGCGCCGCCUCCGCCGCAGGGCCGCUGCCCGUGCUCGUCUACUUCCCCGGCGGCGCCUUCGUGCGCGGCUCCAGCAACCGCUACGGCCCCGACUACUUCAUGGAGGCCGGCGGCGCGCUGCUCGUCACCGUCAACUACCGCCUCGGCGUCUUCGGUCAGCACUCCGCCUCUUUUCUUCUCAUUCGCAUUUCCUCCUCCUCUUCUCUUACUUUCUUCACUUAUUUCCUCCGACUUCUUCAACUGAAUCUUUAUCUUAACCUGGCGCUGCGCUGGGUGCGCGAGAACAUCGCGGCGUUCGGCGGCGACCCGGCGCGCGUCACCAUCUUCGGGCAGAGCGCCGGCGGCGCGUCGGUGCACGCGCACGUGCUGUCGCCCCUGUCGGCCGGGCUGUUCGGCGCCGCCGUCUCCAUCAGCGGCAGCAUGCUGGCGCAGUGGGCGCUGCCGCGCAACGCCGCCCUGCAGCGCCAACGCCUGUUGGAGCGCGCGGGCUGCGCCGACGGCCGGCCCGAGGUGUGGGCCGCCUGCCUGCGCACCCUGCCCGCCUACGACCUCGUCAAGGCCGGGGGCUCCGUGGACCUGAUGCGCGAGAUGCUGCGCGACCAGCAGAUCCCGUUCACGCCCGUGGUGGACGGGGCGGUGCCCGGCGCCACGCCCUUCCUGCCCGACCGCCCGCGCCGCCUCAUCAGCACGGGCCGCUUCAACCGCGUGCCCUACGUGGCCGGCGUCACCAGCGGGGAGGUGCUGCACUUCAUGGCCAGCGCGCCCGCCAACACGCCGCAGUUCGUGGAAGAAGGGCUGGCCAACCUGACGCGCCAGUUCAAGGAGCAAAUGGUGGCGGCGCUGCCCGCCGGCCUGCCGCUCAACGCCAGCGACCUGGCGCGCGACGUCUACCGGCCCCACUCCCGCUCCGGCCAGCACGUGCUGGAGCGGCUAGUGGAGCGACGUGCUCCAAGCGUCUCGCUCUGUCGCUCGCAGGCCGCCAACGACGCCUUCUUCGUGUGGCCCGCCGCGCUGUCCACGCGCCUGCAGAGCGCCUUCGAGCCCCGCCAGUACCUCUACUACUUCGACUUGGACGCCGGGCUCGACCUGCGCAAGCCCGCGCUCAUGCCCUUUCUCAAGCAGAUCGAGGGGGUGCCUCACGGCGGGGACCUGUUCUACAUGUUCCGCAUCCCGGACGCCAACACGACGUUGCCCGAGACGUCCAUCGAGAUGCGCACUCUGCGGAGCUACGUGCAACUCAUCCUCAACGUCGCCAUCACGGGGAAGCCUACGCCGCAGCCCGUAGAGGGCGUCUUAUGGCCCCCUUAUGACAGCGACGCCGACGGCGCAUAUCUUAACUUCGGCACAGACCUGCUCUCCGCCAAGACUGCACUGCGCAAGAAGCAGUUAAUGGUGUGGGACCUGCUCUCCCUUCUGAUCUCCAACAGGCACACUUGAGGCAGACCCUACCGACAAAUGGAGAAGUAAUAAUUUCAACGACGUAAAAUCUCAAAACUCCUCGCUACACCACUUGCGUGUAGUUAUAUUUUGUAUUGAGUUUCUUUAAGUAGUUUCAUAAAAAAGCCUUAUAGAUUAAACAUCACGAAAGAGAAUAUCAGAAUAAUUCGAGUAAACCACAAUAAGCAUUUGCUGACCUUUGAGAUUUCUUCAUUUAGUUUUCUGAAUAGCUUACUGCGACAUUUUCUGACAUUCUUGUUGCCAGCCUUUUUAUUCUUGUUACUCGCGAAUUAGCUUAGUUAAAAAUAUAUUUGUAGUAAAUUACAAAUUUACAAUGCCUUCAUAGGAUCCGAGAGAUAUUAAAGCUUAAUGGUGUCUCAAUGUAGCGAUUUCACUUUUCUGAGUCUAAAGGGAAAGGUUUUUGCGCUGUUUCGUUAGCGCGAUAUUUUGGAUUGGCUGACGAAAAACCUGUCAUUAGGACCUUGAAGCACAGCGUAGCGUGUAACAAUAUCUCGACCAUUCUGUACUACUUUUGAACAUUGCGCAUACGCAAAUCGAACUGCACACGCGCGAAACGUCGGUAUUGCUGUAUGCUACGCCGAGUUUGAACACUAAGAAUGACGCUACGCGCAUUUUCGGAUGUCGCAGAACGCGCACAUGCGAAUCACGCGCCACCGCAAGUCAGAAGGCUCGGGCCGCGCCCAGUGUUCGGCCGAAGAACAUCGCAAUCUGCAACGCGUGGAUUAGGAUGUGGCACGUGGGAAGGAGAAAACAACUGAGACAAUCUCAAAGCAAUUUGCAGUAAGACAUGAAGAAUAUUCUUUUGGUGGAUACGUUGAACGUUAUUGUGAUAUCUACAAGGCGGAAAAGUUGUGAUUAAUUAAAGUUCAAGUAAUGCACGGCACCGCCAUGUCAGCAAAAAACUAGGCUUAGACCGGGCGCCGCCAGUCGCCUGUCGGUCAGCUGCAGUUGCUGUGCUCAGCUGUUGAUGUGUCAACACUCGCAAGACGAAUACCAUGCAGUCCUUGUAAAGGGUUUCGAAAGCUCUGCUAUCUUAUGGAUCGUCUUUACUCUUCCCAGAGUCUCUGCGAUAAUUUGGUACUGUGUACAAAUGGCAGUAUCAGAUAAGAAGUCGAGCGAGUUAUUUACGAUCGGAACUUCGGAAGGGUUGAUCCAUUGUGUAUUGUAAAACUGAAGUGAAAAUAAUGGCUUGGAUCCGUGUUCUUAUUCCUUCUUUAUGGAUUGUUGCUUAUUAUUGUGCUACUGUGAAGGGCUGGGAACGAGAGAUUACGUCAGAAUUGAAUCCUGGAUGUCCGGAUAUUCUCUGCAAUGGAACAUUUAGAAUAGCACAUAUCAAAGCCAAAGGACCCAAUGAUACAUUGCAUUAUGUGUGGGACCUAACAAAGAAACCGUCUUUGUUGCUUGCCCUUACCACUCAUAAUGCCACUGUAAGUUUUAAUUUGGAUUGCAUUGGCAAUGGAAAAGAAUGUAAUAUGAUUUUUUCAGAAAAACCUCUGUACCGAUUUGGAAUUGUGUUUAAUAAGAUGUGGGAAUUCAAUGAUGUAAAUGACACUGGAAUAUUUGACCAAACCAAUAAGUCAAAUUCAUAUGUACGUGUCUUGAAUACAGAACAUUUUUCGUGGAACAGAACAGUAUUUGAUCAGGAUUCACGCAGUGUGUCUAUUGGUGUAAAAUCAGAGCAAUAUGUGAAUGGAAAUACAAUAAAAAAUGGAACAGUAAAAUUGUUGGUGAAAGGAUUUGGUUAUUUGGACCACAGUGAAAUGUUGCCUCACCUCCUACACACGCCCAAUACAUCUCAAGUGGAUUUUGUUAUUGAUGGUCUCACAACAGAACCAUCAUUCAGCAACUCUCGCUUUGCACUGGAAUUGGUACUGUUGGGAUCUGAUCAAACAGCUAGCAACAUCCAGAUUGUGGAGCGUCAGAGUUUGGAUGACGAGCAUGCACCAGGUGUCUUCACUCUGGUGGAUGUAGAGACUCCUGACAGUGCAGGCUCGGCAAAAGGUGGAUACCUGCAAUGGAGACCAGUGGCUUACAUCUCAUCUGUUCGGGAUGUUGCCAACUCAACUGAUGCAACUAUCUACUCACCACAGAAUGUGACAAACCCAGUGGAGGAUCUGAAGGGCACCCUUAUUCUCUCUGGCUUCUGUUCCAAUGAUACUGGGACAGAAACAUGCUUGAAUGCGACUUUGGUUCAAGCUACUGCUGUUUCAUUUGGGCUCAAGGAAGAUGGAUUCUAUAAGAAAACAAAGUAUAUGGCUUGGACAUUCACAAUGGGAUAUGGAAAGCCACCAGAUGAAGACUUUUCUCUCCUGGUGAUUCUGGUGAUCAGCAUUGGCCUAGGACUUCCUGCUCUUUUAAUUAUUGUCAGUGGCCUUGUAAUGCUUAUUCGACGUGUUUCUCGCAAGAAAGAUGACCUUUUCCUGGGUCGAUAAAGACCCAAGAGACAAUGAGUCCAAGAGACAAGAGUAUGAGGCGGGGUACAUGUAACAGUAAAAAUGAAAGACAUUUUGGCACUUUUAUCACAAUCCUUUUUCAAGUUUUGCUGUGUUUAUUAUAUGUAUUUCUGUGUGAAUUUUUGGUGUUCAUGUGUGUAGUGACCAUAAAAAGGUUCUUUUCAAAGAAUCUAUCUAGAGACCAAUAUUGUUGGUAUUUAUUUCAAUGCAAUGUUUUGUAUCUCUGUUAAGUGAACAAUAAUACAGGGAGUUAUACUAUUCAUGUUACUGGUUUGUGGACCACAUUAGUUUCUAUAUAAAAUGUUCAUUGUGAUAAAGUAAUACUCACUGUCAGUAUUUAUUAUAAGUUAUGCAAUGUGAAUGUUGUUAGCCUUGAGUUUUUUGUGCAAAUCUAAUGUUAUUGAUCCUCUUAUAUCAGUUCAACCAUAUUGAUUAUAACCUGUUAUAUAGAUGAUUGUGGUGAUAAUUUAAAACUUUUGCUCCACAAUUUUGCUGUCAGUGGUUAAAAAAGUACUACUCAUACAUAUGCUUUGUGUCAUUAUUGGGUUUGAUUUUUUAUUGUCAGAUUGUAUGUUUUUUGAUUUGACAAACUUGAAAAUGUUCAUCAUAUCUACUCUUUUUUUGACAAUGUUGGUGUUAUGCAGAAUUCUUUUUAUAUCAGUACUUACUAGACAUGUCAAGAUCUUUUUGUAAAAAAUUACCCCUAAUUUUUGAAGGGUUUUUCCGUGGUUGAAAGUAAUCUUGUUACUUCUUAAGUGUACAGUUUUACUCUGGCAACUUAAAUAGAUUUGUAAACCAAGUUAAACAUGGAGCUCCAACUAAUAUAUAAGAGAGUAAUAGUGCACCUGUUUUAUUAUUGCACCCAUGACAUAAUCUUUUUAUAUUCUCAUUCUUUUAAUAUUUAUUUGAACUUGCAUAUUUGAUUGCAGAGUUAAGAUGACUGUGCUUGAUAAAAUUAUUUUAUUUUAUGAUUCAGAAAACUAAACUUCCAGAUAGGAGAAGAUUUAUAAUUUCAUUGCAAUUUUUGGUAGAAGAAUUAGCUAAAAUCAAAUAUUUAAAUUGUAAUAAAUCUAUUAGAUGCUAUUUUCAAAAAUCAAAAGUCAUAAUGGCUUUCUAAUUGAGUGUAAUAGCUAAUGGAAAGAAUGCACAGGGUGUUGAUAUUUCUUUUUGAUUGUUAUUGUUAUAAUACUGUCUUAAGAGCCUUGAAGUUUGAGAAAUGACAAUUGUCUAAGUUGUAAGUGUGUAUAGGUACAAAGGAGGAAUAUGAAAUACUGCUUCAUUUUGGAAUUGUUCAGUGUACUGUUUGGCACAUUUUUCAAACUGUGCUAGGUGGGAGAAGCCUAAUUGGAUUGUAUGUUGAAAAGUGUAAAUACAUGAAAUACUCUCAACCUUAACAAUUGUUUCUUUGCAUCCUGAUACAAAGACUUGUUUCUCUGUGUAGUGAAAGCCACAAGGCUAUUAACAUCUGGUGUAUGUUUGAUUACAACUUAGUGAGCUACAUAAUAAUAUUAUAUUUAUUUUAAAAUCUUUGAUUUAAUAAAGAUUUAAUGAUCUCAUCAUUGACUGUGAAAUUCAAAUAGAUAAUAAUGGCAAAAAUAAUGUUCUUAGAAUAGAAAAUCUGAAUACACAUUUCCACAACGUUCAUUCAUGCUUUUGAUUAGUAAGUUACCCUGUUGAUUCUCAAAUAUACCUACAUUUUAUACUGUAGGUUGUUGCUACAUAUACAUUCACUUGGAUGAAGUGGUUUCUGAAGGUUAGAGUGUAAGUUCUUAAUCUAGAGUAUUCCUGUUUCUAUGUAUUGACUUGGUAUAUUCAAAAAAGGAAGUUUGAAGAGCUGAACGUUGAUGUUAUCAGAUUUAUUCGUCCAAUUACUCCAGUAUAAAAGAAAAAAAUGUCAAUAUUCUAAAAUAAUGAAACUUUAAAUACUUUAAAUAAAUAUUAAUCACAUAUCACAUGUAGUUGUUUUAGAUAAAACUAGCCUAUAGUGACUGGAUGUUACAGUAUGUAUAUCAGUGGCCUAUUUCAGAAGUAAAUUGCACACUAGUUGGUUGUGAGAAGUAAAUUCAGAAAUUGUUAUGAAUGUAAAGGUUGAACAAGUGUUGAACAUAUCUUUACAAUAUUAAGAAAAAAGUUUCGGGGCACUAUUUCCAUAUAGAUACAUCCUGAAAACAUGUUGUAAAGAGAUAUCACUUAAUUGUUUUUUGUUUUUGUUUUUUGUGGUUCUGAUAAGAUUAGAAAGCUAUUUGCCCUUGUUUUUAUGUACUGAAAAUUAUGAAUAUUUCGAUGAGUGUAGUACAGAUAUAAAGAGAAAUGUUCAAUGUUUCUAGAAUUAGUUUUGUCAUAAUUAAUAAAGAUUAGAAGAUCAGGGAUCAAAAUUUAUAUUUGAAUAUAAGAAACAUGGUAUAAUGUUAGCCAUUUUUGGAUUUAGUUUUGAGAAAUUUGAAUUUUGUGUUUUUUCUUUAUUUCAACAUUUUUGUAUUAAAAAACAAACAAAAAUAUUGUAAUUUUUGCUUGGUAAUGAUAAUGUAUGCUUAUUAACUUCUUUGUUCUUUGUGUAAUGCUUUUGAGCUUGCUAUUUUAGAUUGAUAGAAUGUAAUUGGUAAAUAAUAGUGAAUGGCACAUUGCUCACAUUAAGCCGUGAUUUGAAACACUGAAGUAACACUGUAUUUGGUUAUUGUAUGAAGGGCUAUGUUUACUGGUUGAGUUUUUGGGAUGGCCUAUGAGUGUUAUUGACAGAUUUAUUUUCUUAAUGAACACUAUUAUGGCUGUGAAGUGCCGUCCGAUAAUUCAGGCAAGUGAACUAUAUUUUCUGUACGGUACUGUCUUAUAUGUUACUGUAUUAUAAUAAAAUACUAUCUUAUAA